AUGUCCCUCGCCGCCAGUCUUUUACUACAACGCCCCCGAGAGGGGGAUGAAGUAUCUGUGAUAGCUAGCCGACAGCAUCGUGAGGGAGGGUGGUAUGCUGAUCAAAUUGUUAUCCUUUCUAAAUGGUCAGAUGAUGAAGACCAUGCAGAAGAAGAGGAAGCAGUAAAAAGAAGAGAGAAUGGCAAAAUAGUUGAAUCAGAAAUGAAAAAUGCUUGUGGUAACAAUAUUUCUGAAGUGCUUGAAGAUCUUGCACCUGGAGUCGGCACAAUUACACUGUUUCAUAAUGGUGAAGGCCUGAUCAAUGAUGACAUUCCCUUUAAACUAGAGAACUGUGUCAAAGGUUACUUACCCGAGAUGGGUGACUGGGUGACUGUUGAUCUAAGGGAAAGCAAUUCUGAGGUCCUUGCAUUUGAUGUGCAGCCUCUUCGUCAGCAGCAAUUUGUUGGGGAGGUGACAGCUGUCCUCAGGGAUCAUGGCUACAUCAACAAGGAGAUCUUUUUUUAUCUGAAGGCAUGCACCGGCGGAUUUCGGGCACAACGAAAGGAACAAGUGAUCUGCACAGCCAUUGAGAGUAAUCAGGGAAAGUGUAGUUGGAGGGCAACAUCAGUUUCUCGUUUAUCCCGAAAUCCUAGAAAUCAAAUGGAUGGCCCACCUCACAGCAACUAUUUGGCUGACCUUUUACGUGACAAGGAAGGAAUUGUCAUCAGUGGAAUCUCUGACUUUGGUUGUCUGUCUCUGGAUGAGCACAAAUCACUUACUAUGUGGAUUCGAAACAAUGGCAACCAUCCACAAACUUUACUAGAAAUCCAGUUGCCUGCUGAAAAUAUUCAGUUUCAUGUGGACAGUUUAAAAGUGAUAAAAGAAUUCCUGGCAAGUUCCAAGGGUGCCUCUGGAUCCACUGAGGAAGUAAAGGGAAAACUCAUCCUGCUUCCUACUAAGGCUGCCUAUGUUAAUAUUUCAUGCAAUGCAAAACACAUUGGAAAUCACAAAGUACUGCUGGUCUUUAAAUUUGACAAAUUCCGAAUAGCCCGUAACCUCACUGUUACUGUCAUUGACCCUUACCAGGAUUAUUUACCUCAGCAUAUACCAGUUGUCAAAGAAGAAGGAGCCUUGUUACCACAUCAGCAACAACAACACAUGGCAUUCUCACGAUUCCAGGAAGCCAGCACUUCUGAUUGGAUAAUUCCCGGUGAAAAAGUACAGAGUGUUUCCACGGAUAACUUCAACUGGUCAAGAUAUCAUAUGUUUCAAGAUUCAUAUGUUUCAAGAUUCAUCAGAUGGAAUUUACAUUUUGGAAGUUCCCUGUAUUUUGCGUAUAACGUCACUUGGGCUAAUUUUCCUGUGUUUCACGGGUAA